GUCAAAAAACGAUUAAAUACCCUUCUACUACGCUCUUCAGCAAACUACAACUUUCGAUUACUCUCACACUUCUUGCCACUCGAAGAUGUCUUCUCCGGUCCACCGAAUCCUGUUCUCUCCCCCCUCGUCGCCGCCUUCGUAUGCGGUAGGUUCGAGCGAAGAAAUCGACCCUCUGUCUACGUUGAGGGAUCUUCUACUCCCCAUCGCUCGGAGUCCCGCGAACAUCCGUUCGACCAGCCCCAAAAUCUCUUCGCCACUGGCUUCCAGUAGCACUCACGCUGUCACCUCUGCCGGACCAGGACCCGGCGGGUUCAACUCUACUAGCGGGUAUCCUUCCCGGUAUUCCUACUCGGUAGGGUCGAGGCGCUCUUCCACUCAGGCUGGUCCUGAACGUCGUGGAAGCGCGUCUCCUUACUCCAGUCCGAACCCGUUCGACAUGAUCAUUAUCUCCGACGAGAAGACCAGCGGUUCCUCCAGUAGCAAGGAACAGUAUCGUGGGGAUGGGCUCCAUCGUAGGAGCAGCUCCAACGCUGGAGUUCUUCCCGUCCACUACGCAUCCCAGCAAACCUCUGGUGGGUCCUGGGGUGUCGGCAACGCACCUCGACGAACCGUCCGGCUGGUCUUGCUGCUGGUCAGCAUCCUAGCCGGGCUCUAUAUCUUGACCAACAGCUCGGUCUCACCGUUCAGCAAGCCUGCGUCAUCUAUCGCCGAGGAUGGGACGCUCUCCCCUGCGGCAAUGCGGGAACAUCUUCUUGCCAUGCAGUCCGGUGCCAGCAGCCAGGACAAUGCUAGUAUCAGGAGCAAAUCGAAGUCGGCUUCGUAUGCUGUCGGCGGGAAAAAGGUGGUUGUCAGGCCCGGUGGAGCUCCUAGUAGGAUCUAUGCCGAAUCUAGACCUGGCGUGGCUUCCGCCCCUCCCAAGAUCUCGCGACCAGUCAAGGACAAUGUCGCCAUGACACUCGAGCGAGAACUUUUGGCCUUGCAGACGUUCUUGUUGGAGGAUACCAUGCAUACGAUCUCCCCCUCUGUGGAUGUCUCGAAACCUUUGGACCCGAUGGUCAUGCUCUCGUUUGACGCCAAGGAUGAGAACGGGUGGAGGGAGUUGAGGAGGGAUGUGGACCCGGUGGUAGUGUGGGAUAUCGGCCAUGCCUGGACCGCCCCAGUCUACGACUUGCUAGCCAUCUACUCCAUCUUGCCUGCUCCUCGGGUCUUGCUUCUUGAAGGCCGAGAAGACGCUUCCAGCAUCCACUCCAUCCUGUCCCGUAUCGUCUCUCAACGCAAAUCUGAUUCCCCCCACCCUCUCAUCACCAUCGGCGGAAUCCCUAUCGACGGCUACGAGGAAUUGGCUAGGUAUCACAAAGAGGGCUCCUUGUACGACAUGCUCGAACGCGCUGGCGCUGUUGUUGACGGGCAGAAGGAGGCUGAGCGGGUGGAAAUGGCCAAGCGGAGCAAGGGGCGAGCCUUGAAGUACGGGACGGUCGAGAGGAGUCAGUAAAUCGGCUUUUGCUAUUGUUUUGUAGCAAGUUUACGGUUGUUGUAUGCGACGUCACUUGCAGCCAUUUGAUUUGGAAUGUAAUCAGAUGUCCAGACGCCUGCCGAGCUGCUGCGCUGCUGAUCAGCUGAAACGAGAUGGUCAAUCAUGCGCCACGACUCAGAGCGAUGUAUUCCCACGGCCUCGGACACGCGCCUCGACCGCGCGCCCGGUUUGAUCCGCGCGUUUCAGGAUGAGACGUGUUUCUAGAACAGGGGAAUAGAAUAAUGCCCCUUCCCGCUCCCCCAAAGGACCCUUCCUUUCUCCCCA